AUGAUUCACAGUUUUGAGUCAGGACCGAAGUGAUAAACCAGGUAUCGUCGCUGCGGAACUCUCUUACCCGUUGAUCAUUUUUCCAUUCAGUUGGUCAUUACCGUGAGAACCACCAUGGCGUCCGACGGCCCAAAGGAUUUGCCUGUCAGGCCCGCCGCGGAGGCGAAACCUUCCAGUGCCGACUCGCUUCCCGACUUCAUCAUUGAGCGAAACAAGCUUUUUGAGGAGCUGUGGCAGGAACAUCUCGAGGAAGUCAAAAAUAAGCCGCAUCCCGAAAUCAAUGUCACCCUGAAACUCGGCGACGGAAAUACCACCACCAUCCCCGCGAAGGCUUGGGAGACCACUCCUGCGCAACUUCUCAAGCACGUCCCCAAGGAACUAAGUGCUGACAUUGUCAUUGCCAAGGUUGAGGGAGAAGGGCUUUGGGAUCUCGGUCGCCCACUGGAGGGUGAUUGUACUGUGUCCUAUGUGCCGUUUAGCGACCCCGAGGGUAGGGAGGUCUUCUGGCACUCCAGCGCUCACUGUCUCGGUGAAGCUUGCGAGUGCGAGUAUGGGUGUCUUCUUUCCCACGGACCUCCCACCCCUCAGGGUUUCUUCUAUGACAUGGCCAUGCCGGACAAUCGCGUUGUUAAGGAAACCGAUUGGAAAACCCUGGAUAACAGAGCGUCCAAGAUCUUCAAAGAGAAGCAGAGCUUUGAUCGGCUGGAGGUUACCAAGGAGAAUCUAAAGAAGAUGUUUGCCUACAGCAAGUACAAGCUGCACUACAUUGACAAGCUUGUGACUGGUGAGAAGAGCACUGUCUACCGAUGCGGUACUUUGGUCGAUCUUUGCAGGGGUCCUCACAUUCAAAGCACUGGCAAGGUUAAGACCUUCAAGAUCAUGCAGAACUCCUCCGCCUACUUCCUCGGUGAUCAGACCAACGAUUCCCUGCAGCGUAUUCGUGGUGUCGCAUUCCCCGAUAAGAAGCAGAUGUCUGAACAUCUCAAAUUCCUAGAGGAAGCCGAGAAGCGAAACCAUUUGAGGCUCGGCAAGGACCAAGAACUGUUUUUCUUCGACGAAGUGUCACCUGGGUGCCCGUUCCUGCUCCCCAACGGUGUCAGGAUUUUCAACUCUCUUCAGACCCUCCUGCGCUCCGAAUACCGCAAGCGAGGAUACCAAGAAGUGCAGACCCCCAACAUGUACGACGUGGGCAUCUGGAAGACUUCCGGUCACUGGGAGCACUACAAGGAUGAUAUGUUCAAGCUUGAUGUUGAAAAGAGGGAAUGGGCUCUGAAGCCUAUGAACUGCCCUGGCCACUUCGUGCUCUUUGGUCACCGCGAACGAAGCUACAGAGAACUUCCGCUGCGAAUUGCGGACUUUGGUGUCCUGCACAGAAACGAGGCGUCUGGUGCUUUGCACGGUCUCACCCGUGUUCGCAAGUUCCAACAAGAUGACACCCACAUUUUCUGCACCCAAGAUCAGAUUGAAUCUGAGAUUGAGGGACUUUUCGACUUCCUGCAGUCCAUAUAUGGGCUUUUCGGCUUCACCUUCAAGUUGAAGCUGUCCACUCGCCCAGAGAAGUACCUCGGACAGUUAGAGACCUGGAACUACGCCGAGGAGCAGCUCAAGAAGGCCAUGACCAAGUUCAAGGGUUCCGACUGGGUUAUCGAUGAGGGAGAUGGCGCCUUCUACGGCCCCAAAAUUGACAUUACCAUUGCUGAUGCUCUCAAGAGAGAGUUCCAGUGCGCCACGAUUCAGCUUGAUUACCAGGCUCCUCUCAACUUCAAGCUUGAAUACAUGACCAAUGAAAAGAGCCAAGCUACCACGGAAGAUGCGAAGAAGGAAGGUGAUGCCAAGUCCAGCGAGCCUGGUCCUGGCCGUGCUCGCCCUGUUGUCAUCCACCGCGCCAUCAUUGGCAGUUUCGAGCGAUUCUUGGGCAUUCUGAUCGAGCAUUUCGGCGGCAAGUGGCCUUUCUGGAUCAGCCCUCGCCAGAUUCUGAUUGUGCCCGUCAUGCCCGCUGUAUACGAUUACGCCCAGGAGGUACAGAAGAUUCUGCGGGACGAUAAACUGCACGCCGACGUUGAUAUCAGUGGCAACACCUUGCAGAAAAAGAUCCGCACUGGUCAAUUAGCCCAGUAUAACUUCAUCCUCGUUGUUGGUGCUGAAGAGAAGGAGUCUCGCUCUGUCAACAUUCGCAACCGUGAUGACACGGCAACUCAAAACAAGGGUAUUAUGGUCCCUCUCGAGGAGGCCCGUGUCAAGUUCCGGGCGCUGCGUAAGGAACGUCGACUGGUCAACGCCCUCUAAUCUUCUCACUACCUUUCUACUUUCCCCCUCCGCCACCUUGACAUCGUCCCGCCCCACUUUCAUCUCACUAUUCCCUCACAUUUCAUAUCUUUUGUGACCUCAGCCUCCUUCCGAACCUGGGGAUGACAUCAUCAAUCUCAUCAAUCAUGGUUAUGAGUUCUACGCUUCGUCGGUGUUCUUUUGGUGUUGAAAAUAGCGCUAGGCCAUGAAGCUAUUGAGAGAUAAUUUAUCGGGUUGAAAAUUCUGUUGAGUUCUUUCUAGCCAUGCAUACUACUAGUUGACAUAGAGAGCUAUAUGGUCUCUGUACAUAUUUCAUAGGAUGCUUGUUGGCACGCACUUCCCCUGGACGAUAAUAUUGUACGAAGUCACAUGAUUAGACUUGUCCUCAGCUUGGCUUCUGAUCCUCAGUCCUUUCCAGCCCCAUUAAUAUCCCAAGCUAUCAUUCAAACCCUCGGAUAUGCCCGUUGUUCCAUUACUCUGAUCAAAUCUGGUCACGACGAGUGAUGGUCAUAGGCAUGUUACUCUGGUAAACGAACCAAGCAUUUCGAUACGUCCACUCGUGUUUGGGAUCAACUAGGCGGAGCUACAUCCGUGUUAGCCAGUCCAAAUUGAAGAAAUUAGAAAAUCGAUGCAAGGAACGACCUACGUCAAAGGUGCUAUAAAGAGUUGCGAUCAAUUUCGUGAUCUCCAACACGGCGAGGUACCGGCCCAUGCAGAUGCGUCCGCCUCCUCCAAACACAAAGUCACAUGUGUCAUUCAUACGCCUAUGGCGCUCUUCGUACUGCUCAGCAGUCUCAUAAUCUCGUCUCAACCAGCGAUCUGGCCGGAAGUCAUCCGCAUCUUCACCGAAGAUGGCGUAAUCCCGGCUCGUGACACCAGGGUUGAUGCCCACCUUGGUUCCCGCUAGAAUAUACCGACCGUCAGGCAACGUAAAGCCGGCUUCCGGUGGGACGCACUCGAAGACCAUGGCGAUUCCCGGGUUAAGGCGCAUGCUUUGGCGGAUGACCCCAUCCAGAUAGGGCAAGUCACGGAUGUCUUUCCAUUGAGCGGUAGACAGCAGCGUGCAUUGUGGCAGAGGUGGUAUCUCCCCCCGCAAGGAUACUCAGCAUAAGCCAGUUGACGAUUUGGACGUCAUUGACCAUGUCAGGGUUCGGCCUGAUACCCAGCAACAACCUUGAAGGCGUAGAGCACGCCUGUGAGGGUGGGUUUAGGGCCAAUGCGAAGAAUCGAGUUCUUGUCUAGGAGAUGAUCAACCCAAGGAGUUUGAGAAACCUGUCCGAAUAACUGUCAGUGGGAUGCGAGACGGUUGGCUGAAACGGGUGCCUCAAGCUCACGGGGGCAAAAUAUUCAAGACCCAUGGUCGAGUCCGUGAUUAAGCUAUUCACAUCUUUCUCCUGGUCAAUGAACCCAUAGUGCCGUCCGAAACUGAUGUUCGCAGUCACAUCCCAAGCAACUAUUCCUACUGUUACCCAUUGUUGGUCGUUACAAGCUCUUGGGUUACUCACCAUAUCCAAUCCAUUCAUCAGCAGGGCAAACCUGGCCUCCACCAAACUUGGCGCUAAGUUUGUCCACAAACUCCUUCAACGUCUCAUCGAUCAACGGCUCAUAUUCUAGUACUUUGGUCAUCCGCCACAAGUUGCGGAUUGGUAAGAUAUUCUGGUUGUGCCAAUUUUCAUCUUGCGUGUUGAAAAGGUUGGACAUUCGCUGGCCAUUCGGCAAGACAUCGUUGGGACGGUACGGUCACUCUGCAAUGGAAAUUGGGUAAUAAGUCAGCGGUGUUCCUCUGCUUUACCUUCGUUGAUACAUCACAUUCAAAGGGCGAGGUCAAGUACCUUUUUCCAUGGGUUGCGGGUGGAAUAGAUCACUCGAAUCAUGCUUGGGUCUGAGAUGCUCAAAGCAUUCGGCCCUAUUCGGACUACAGACCCAUAAUGUCGAUGCAAUUGAACCUGAUUCCGAUCGAUGUGGCCUUCGAAUGCUUGCCAUGCCCGCAUAUUAGUGAAUUUGGCCGGAAUUGGCCUGCCAAAGACCCUCGGCGGCGACAAGAAGGCGUCCCAGAUGAGCUUGGAAAGCAGCAGAGCCCCAAAUGCAGCAGGGAUUUGCAUCCACAAACUGGCAAAAAGUACGUACCUCAGCCAUGUCUGUGAUUCGAAAGACGGUGAAUGCGCGUCAGAAAAGAAAGAUGUUAGCGUCUUGUUUCACCUUCAGCAAGGAUGGCAGCUCGACAGCUCCCUUCAACCAGGGAUCUUGAACGAUAUUAAAAAAGGACAUUUUCGCACUGGCCGCACCAGAGGAUCCUCUUGCCAGGGAGGGGUGGCCAUGUCUUGCCAGACCAGUCGAAUUACUGGCAUCUUCCAUUGGCUACUCCAACCUCUUCACGAAAGUACCGGAGGAGUUAACCUUAGACGAAGCUUGCUACGGAAUGCGGAAAUUGGAGGACUCGUCACAACUUGGAUCCAUCUUGCGGGAGACGCCGUCGAUUUGACAGGUGCCAACCAACCCGCUAACCAACGGACCCGAUCCCUCAGUGGCAGUUCAGCCUUGGUCCAUGCCGAUCAGAUAGAUUUCAUCAAACGGUUGUCUCACUCGUUCCAAAAGGUUCUUUCAUGACAAGUUGAAGAAAAAGAAAAAAAGAAAUGAAGCCAAUACCUGAUGUGCAGUGCUGGUUCCUGGCGUAUCUUUGUAGCUUCAUCGCUACCAGGGUCAUUGUAUGUACACACAGUCCGAAUUCAGUGCGAUGACCAGACUUAUGGACUCGCUACCUAUCACUUUGCCUCAUCCUCCCUUCUCUACCAUAUAUACGAGGCCUGCCAUGACACUUCUCCGGUCAUAGGCUUCAUCCGCAAGAUUUCCUCACCUCACCUCAGCAUUUUCCAUGGCGGCCGAACCACCAUCUCCUGAAUUCCUGGCGGAAAGCCAGGGACCAACGGUCAAGGCCGUAAUGUGGUUGAUGUCGGGGCUCGCAGCCUCGUUUGUGAUGCUUCGCCUUUAUGUGAGGCUGCAUCUGAAGAGGGUUUUUGGUUGGGAUGACUUGAUGGCUGUUGUUGC